GCAUAAUGUCACAAAUACAUGGUAUCCUCCAGUUACACAAACCAACCUUCGCCGUAUAUGACUGUAAUGAACUAAAAAUAUAUAUUAUUAUCAAAUAUAGUUAUCUUCAAUUACCUUGUUUUUGGAAAAAAGAAUUUUAUUUAUUACGCUGUUGAUUCACUGUAAGAGGCCUUACAACUGUCAUUCUAUUCCAUGAGUCCGAUUUCGAUUAAUGGCCUUGAAAGUUUUGAUUUUAAAUCCUGGGGAAAACCGAAUAGAGAUAUUUAUAAAGAAUUGCAUAUUUAUGAUUUUGACAAUACAUUGUUUCAGACCCCUUUGCCCAAUGCGAACAUUUGGAGUAAUCAAGCAAUUCGUGUCUUGAUGGCGUUUAACAUUCUCGCGAAUGGAGGAUGGUUUUUUGAUCCCCGGGUAUUGGCUUCUACGGGUGAAGGUGUUGAAGUAGAAGAAAAACGCGCUUGGGAUGGAUGGUGGAAUGAAAAGAUUGUUUCCCAAGCUAGAGAGUCUAUUCGACGUCAGGACGUUUUAGCUGUCUUACUUACUGGUCGAAAUGAGCAAUUCAGGGAGAUUACCGAGAAAAUAGUAAAGAGCAAAGGAUUAGACUUUGAUGGAGUUGUAUUCAAGCUUCAGACUACAACCGGUUAUUGGCCUCAAACGCUGACUUUUAAACUCUGGUUUUUUGAACAAGUAUUUCUCCAGUACCCAAAUGUUCAUACCAUUCGUGUUUAUGAAGAUCGACCUUCUCAUGUUGAAUCCUUUUCCAACUGGCUAGCUCGUAAAGCAGAUGAAGAUGAAAGAUUCAGUUUUGAAAUCAUUGCAGUUACCGAACCUCCUAAGUAUCUCAAAUUUACUACUGAGAUAAAAUUGGUGAAAAGCAUGAUAGCAUCUCACAAUGCGAAGGCCCCUACUUUAAAACUUCCAAUGUAUAAAUUUGUAAAAAAUGUUACGUCUUCUAUUAUAACUGUUUCUCCAACUGAGCUACAUCAUCUUCGAAACGCAUUUUUCAGUGUUCCCAUUACAGACAUCAUGCAAAGUGUUUCCGCUAAUUCUAGAAGAACCUCUAUUGAUGACGAGCCUCGUAUUGCUGAACCCGAUUUGCCUCCAGAUACUCCUUACAAUUCUUAUCCAGAAAAAAGCUGGAUUGUAACUGCCAUUGGCCGCUAUCGCGACGAGUAUUGGGCAGUACGCGGAGAAACAUGUGAUCCACACUUCAAGAAUAGAAUUCAUGAACCAGACACCGCCAAUAUUCCCUCACUUUACGGUACCAUCAUGUAUAUUUCCAUGUCGACGGGCAUAGUAACUUCCGAGAUCACUGACAUUGGAGCUCAGCAAUGGAAAGUCCUUCAUCCUGACGAACGAUGGCUGAUGAGAACUAAUAUCAGACGAGAAUGUACACAUGAUAUCCGUUACAAGCGACCCUAUACGCCGGCUCGCAAAUUUACAGAUAUAGUGGGCUUGGAAGGUCAGCGUGCUUCCCCAUUUACUGGUAGUAUGCAUAAACCAUCCUAGAAUGACAACAUAAAUGACUUUACUUAAUUUAUUAUUAUCCGAUCAUGACUUUCGGUUCCCAAAAUUAGCCCAUCCUUCAAAUUCAUUUAGGAGCGUUAGUUAAGCUUAUGAAAAAAAAAAAAAAGAUUCUCUUAGAUACAAUGUUUUCACUGAAUUCUAUCUAUAUUUACUCUUUACUUAAGAUUUAAUGUAAGAAAAGCUUUAAGAUAUAAUGAAUAGUAAUUUGUCAUUUCAUUAUUUUUUGUUUUAUAAACAUUCUAAAAAA